AAGGGUAAAUCUUAAUACAAAUUCAAACGCUGAAUAUGCAUACAAGCUAUGGCCAUUAUGGUGCUCUUUAGUACCAACGCGCCAGCUUCCGGCAAGACCGAGAGCUACAAAUAAUAAUAAUGAUAUCCUCUCUUAUUAAUCAAAAAAAUACGUCGUUUGUAUGUAAUGUUAUUAUGUUGAUUACAAAAUAUUCAUAGCUUCAAGAUUCAAUACUUUAACCUGAAUAAAAGCAAAUAACUAAUUGCACUUUGUCAUAAAAUUCUAUUAACAGAAAAUGAAUUCACCUUCAUACGUAAAUGAUGAAAGAAAGGUUUCGCCUGAAUCUAUGAUUGUUCUCGUUAAAUGUGAAAAAAACAACCCAAAAAUUCAUGAUAUAUAUGUAAACAAAAAUAAUUUCAAAAUUGGAAGAAAUCGUGAUUGUGAUGAUCAUAUUUUAGAUACUUGUAUUUCAAGGAAUCAUUGCAUUUUAAAUUACGAAAAUGAACAGUGGACAAUUACUAAUUUGAGUUCAGUUGGUACAAAAGUAAAUGGAAUUCUGCUUCAGAAUAAUUGCCCUCAAACUAUUGAUGUAGGAGAUAUCAUUCAGCUUAACGAAGAAUGUGAUGAGUUUAAAUUUUGUGUAAAAUAUUUUCUCGAUGAUCAACCUCAAAAGAAAAGAGCUAAAAUAGAAGAAACAAUUUUUCAUGACGAAAUAGCAAAACAGAAAUUAUUUGCCGAAGAGCAAGAGGCAAAACGAAAAGAACUAGAACAACAAUUAAAAUUACAACAAAAUGAACAAGAAAAAUUAAAAGCACACUUAGAAGAAGUGCUGAAAAAUCAACAAGCUACUGAAGGUAAAAAUGAAGAACAAAAUGAAUUAAUAAGAUGUCUUGAAAAAAAAAUAGAAUCUGGAAAUGAAAUUGAAUCCAAAUUAAAAGAAAAUUAUGAACAUCUUCUGAAUACAGUUGAAUUGCAAAAGCAAAAAUUUGAAACUUUACUAAAUGAAGAACGACAAAAAUGGCAGCAAACUUUAGAUAUGACUAAACAAGAAAAAACAUUACUUGAGAAAAAAAUGUUAGAAGAUAUGGCUGUAUGGAGACAAAAUCAACAUGCUGAAUGGACUAGUGUUGUAAAUGAUAUAGUAAAACGUGAAAAAGAAAUACAGUAUCAACUAUCUAAUGAAAAAGCCAUUUUAGAACAGAAAUUAAGAGAUACCCAAACGGCUCUUGAAGAAAAAACUGCUUUAGCUGAACAAUUACAAACUUCUGUUCAAAAUCAACAGAUGGUUAUAUUAGAAAUAACGGCUAAUAAUGUUAAUCAAGAACCUUUGGUGACAAUAGAUUUAACAAAGGAAGAUGGUUUGAAUGUUGCUAGUUCAUCAAGAAAUGAUAAUUGUGAACCUGAUGCAGUAGUGACUCAAGUUGGAAAUCUAAUGGAUCAAACGUUGACUUGUCAAAUUUGUUCAGAACUUUUUGUUAACGCUGUCACAUUGAAUUGCAGCCACUCAUUUUGCCAGUAUUGUAUACAUUUAUGGAUUAGAAAGAAAUGUGAGUGUCCAAUAUGUCGAGCCAAAAUUAUGUCUAUUAAUAGAUCACUAGUAUUGGAUAAUUUUAUUGAACAAAUGGUCAACGAUUUUACACCACAAAAUAAAGAAAAAAGAAAGGAAUUAGUGAAUGAACAUCAAGCUGCCAUUCGGACCGUUGGAUUAAGUAACCAAUCAAAUAUUAUUAAUUAUCAAAGAAAAAAAGUGAUUCGGGGACGUCGAUAAAAUAUUAUAAAUAAAUAUAUCGAUUUCAAUCGAGAAUCUCAGGUAUUAUUUAUUUAAAUGAAAAUACAUUAAAUUAAUUAUUUAACGUAGUUCUAAUGUUAAUAAAAAAAAUGCAGUUUUAUAAUAUGUAUUACAACUUUCAGUUUAAGUUUUAUUAAGUAACUUUAUUCAAUUCUGAAAACAAAAUGUUUGCCUGUUAAAAUGUUUGUAAUGUAAAAUUACAAAAAGAACAUUUAAGAUACAGAGCGAAUUCGUUAAGUAGACAGUCUCAUUUGAUUCAAGACUAGAUUUAUUUAUUAAUUGUGGUGAUUCAUUUAAAUUAUUUUUUAUACAACAUGGUGUUGAAGUAACGCCUUGAAGUUGAUAUUUGUACCUCAUCCUUUUACAAAUGCCAUUCUGAAAAGCAAUUUUUAACAUAAAUGUUUAUAUAAAUAAUUAAAUUAUAAUCAAUCUAUUUUCAUUAAA